UAUUCAAAGUAUUUUCUAAAUGAGUUUGUAUAUUUUUUAAGAUGUAUACUUAAUGUUAUAAAUAACUCCUUGGAAGCGAAACAAUAUGGAAAAUAUUGCCACUUCACGUAGGCCUAUCGACUCCGGCAUUUCAGAGGGGGGCAUCUCAAAUCUUGAUGACGAAGAUAAACUCGAUAAAGAACGUCUAAUUUCUGAGUCGUCUGAUGAAGAAGAUAUUGUCUUUAAAGAUAUGGAGGAUUCUGAAAACAACACUGAUAUGCCUGCAGUCGAGUCAAAGAAAUCUGGAGCUAUGAUUGCUGUGAAAGAAAGACUUCUAGCCACUGUCAACCAAAUUGCUUUUGGUGCGAAGUAUUUGGGAGUCGCUCUUGUGGUGUGGCUUGCUGGCUUUUUUGGGUUCAGCUUUCUAUGGCUCGUAAUAGGUGUAUUUGUUAUGACUUGGAGAGAGUACAGACGAAGAAAGAAAGAAGCUAUUUCUGAGGUUCUAAGCAACAUUGCAAAAGAUGAGAGAAAAUAUUUCCAGGCCGUUAAAGAUAUUUACAAAAUGUCAGGAAAAGAUUUACCAUCAUGGGUGUAUUUUCCUGAUGUUGAGAAGGCUGAAUGGUUGAAUACGGUGCUUGAGCAAUUAUGGCCCUACGUCAGUGAUUUUGUCAAAAAUAUUAUUGUGGAAAAGGUGGAACCAUCUAUAUGUGAUUCAAAUCAACUUUUGAAAGGUUUUACUUUCUCAAAAGUAGAUCUUGGUGAAAAAUCACCCAGAGUUUCUGGUAUUAAAGUUUAUGGAGAUGAACAAACUAGAAGAACUGAGAUUGUCAUGGAUUUACAAAUUAUAUAUGAAAGUGAUUGUAACAUUAGUGUUACUGUGAAUAAAUUGAGUGCUGGAAUAAAGAAUUUGAGUGUGCGAGGUAUGAUGAGAGUUGAACUUCGACCUUUAAUCAGCAAUAUCCCCUUGGCUGGAGCAGUUUCUGUUGCAUUUGUUCAUCAACCGAGUAUCGACUUUGACUUGACUGAUCUCGGAAAUUUUUUCGAUCUUCCUGGUGUUGACUCCAUCCUUCGUAAUUCUGUAUCAGAUUGUGUUCACAGUAUGUUGGUUUUACCAGAGAAAUAUGUUUUGAAACUAUGUGAUGAUGUUGAUAUAAGUAAAUUACUACAUCCUCUUCCUAAGGGUGUUGUGAGAAUUCAUAUUAUCGAAGCAAAAAAUCUCGAAGAGAAAGACAGAAAAAUUUUAGGUGUUGGUGGAGGAAGUGACCCAUAUGUUGAAGUGAAAGUUGGUCGAGGUCAUGAAUUUCGCACCAAAGUUAUUGAGCAUAAUGUCAAUCCCGUUUGGAAAGAGACAUUUGAUGCGAUUGUCAUGGAUGUUCAUUCUUCAACCAUUGAGAUAACAUUGUAUGAUGAUGAUGGUGCUUUGACCAAAGCCGAUUACCUUGGAUCAGCUUCAGUUCAACUAAAGAAUGUUUACAAUGAAGGCCUCAUUGAUGAGUGGAUUCCUCUUUCAAAUGUGAAACAUGGAACGAUUCAUGUCAAAUUGGAAUGGCUGGAUUUGUCAGACAAUCCUCGAGAUGUUAGAGAUGCAAUGGAAUAUGCAGGAAGGCAUGACUUCAAUUCAGCCUUACUCAACAUGUACAUUGAUAGUGCAAAAGAUCUGCCACUUAAAACAUGUGACGACACUGAGAUACCCGUAAUAAGUGAUGUUCAGCGAGUACUUCUAAAACAAGCAAAUACCAUUCAUCGUAUCACCGAAGGUUUAAUUGAAGGCAAGUAUGAACCUAGUCCAAUUGUCAAGAUUGAACUUCCUGGAGAAACAAAACGCCUCAAAACAAAGGUUGCUGCAAACACCAAUAAUCCAGUUUGGGAACAAAAUUUCAGAGCAUUGAUACAAAAUCCAAGAAUGGAAAGUUUGAAUUUUAACGUGAAAAGCAGCAAAAAUAUUUGCCUUGGCAAUCUUCUUGGUCAAGUUAAUAAAAGUAUACGACGCCGUCGUACGAACGUUUGUGAUAGUGAAGGUAUGAAGGAUGAAUUGCUAGGAUCUGUGAAAGUUCGUAUCAGUCAAUUAUUGAAAGCUCCAGACAUGACCAAAGAAGAACCGUUUCAUCUUUUGAACUCUGGACCAAAAAGUCAACUUCAAAUGCGUCUGUCAGUGCGAUUGCUGAUGCCAAGAAAAAAUUCAAAUUUUGCUGAUUCAUCGUCAAAAUCAUCUGCAUUUGUCAUAGCAAAAUCUAAACACUCAACCAGUGGAACUGAUGAUAUAAAAAGUUCCGAAAAUGAUGAUAAAAGUUUGAAAGAUGUAGAACUUACAACACUGUCUACCUCCGCAAGUGACGAUUUCGUUGAUUCUGUCUUAGGCACUCGCUCGGUUUCAGAACAUUCUGAAAGCUCAAGCACAAAUGAUCUUGGAAUUGACUUUGUUGAUAAAUCUCUGGCAUAUUUCAUAGGAAAUGCAAGAAAACCACAGCAUAAUGGGACAAGAAGAAGUGAUUCGUUUACUUCAGAAAUAUCUAAUGUAUUUGAAGGAAACAAUUUGAAAGAGAGACUGAAUAAGCGAGAUGUCAUUAAUAACGAUGGAGAAUUUGCUCUGGGACGACUCAAUCUAACAUUGAGUUACUCAUCAACUAAAGAAAAGUUAAUGAUCGAUGUACAUAAAGCUGAAAAACUCAUAGUAUGUGAUGAAGAUGACAAGACAUCUGAUCCAUAUGUUCGAAUAUACUUACUGCCAAGCAAGAAAAGACGCAAAACUAAAGUGGUUAAGAACAACCUGAAUCCUGUAUUCAAUGAGAGAAUUGAAUAUGAAAUGUUGAAAGGUGAGAUUAAAGAUCAUCAACUUGAUAUAUCGGUAAAAAAUAAAACAGGACUUCUGUCGUCUGAAAAAGUAUUAAUGGGACGAAUUGUUGUGGAUCUUGCAAAAUAUAACUUGGAAAGUCCUGUCAAUGAAUGGUUUCCUCUGCAAGUAUCAGCAGAUGAUGAGGACUGAGUGUUAGUUUACCUUUUUCAUUUACCCUUGAACAUGAUUGCUUAUUAAUUACUUAUUAAUAUGAUCUUCAUGUGUAAUAAUGUCAUUUUAGAAAGUUAUCGUAAUUGAGAAAUGUGGAGGGCAAAUGAUUAUUUUAAUUUUAGUGAAUGGUCAAAUGUUUUAGUUCAUUAGUAUAACCAGAUACAAAAAUAUCAGAGGAUCUAAAUAUUCGUGGUCUCGAGUUAUUAUGAUAACAAGGUAAACCCUUUUACCAUUUGCAUUGAUAAGUUACAGUCUCGUGCUUAAUAUGUAGAGGAUUAUGGAUUAUUUAUGUUGAAAUAUAAUGUGAUGCACUUCUUUAAUCAUUUGGAAAUCUUUGCAAUCAUGUCCUAUCAACUACAUUUUACAAGAUUUAUCUUUUGAAUAAAAUAUAUUUGUUUGAUAUUGUACAUUCUUUCUUUAUUAUCCUUUGUUCUUUAACUGAAAUUUUGCUUAUUGUGCUUGUAACUUCGCCUUCAUGCCGCUGUCUGCUUUAUUUAGGUGCCUUUUUCAUAGUUGCUGUAAAUGUGUGUUAACUGAAAUUUUAUUCCUUUAUAAAUAAAAAAAAUAUGAAUAAUAUGUUACUCUAUCAUCCUGGGUCUAUUGCAAACUCCAUUGCCCUUUUCGUCUUUGAGAUUCUUUCAACUUGCACUGCCUUUUAUAUUUACGCUCUUAUAUAUUAUUCUAAACUGGAUAUGUAAUGGUAAGUGAAUGGGAAUAUAUUUUCUAAAUAUACGAAAAUUCAAAGUUCUGUCCUAAAUUUUGACUUAGUUAGCAUAUAUGAACAUUUGUAAUAAUUUUACCUUUUAUAAUAGUGUGUGCUCCUGCACUGCUUUUUUUAGCAAUGUACAAUUUUAGCAAUAGCUUGUAACAAAUUAAUAUUUACUUUUUAGUGAUACCUAAAAAAGUACUACUACCUGUUGUCAGGGUUUGUGUGUUUAGAGAUUUCAAUAUCAGCAUUCUAUAAAACUACCAUGAUAUUAAGAAAUUGUUAUUUUGAGAACUAAUCUGCCCCAAUACACAGAUAAAUCAUCACUUGCUUCAUUUAGCGAGGUAAAAUCAUACAUAUGCCACAUCUGUGGUAUCAUUGUUACAUGAAUUGUAAUGAAAAAAGAAUGUUCAUAUCAAUUGCAUCUUAUAACGUGAUAAAAUGAGUCUCAAAAUGUUCUUUAUUUUGAUUUGGUUAAUUCAACUGGCAUCCUAUCAGUGAUACUUUUACUGAUUCUAUACCUAUGUCGGAAUUCAAGUGUUUUAAAAUAUUUGAAUUUGUUUGAAUAUAGUCAGAUAUUAUCUGCUUAUAUUAUGCACACUUUUUUUCAGAUUAUACGACUAUUAGCAAAUUAUGAAUCUGAUUCAUAAAUUACCAUUAAUAAUAAUAAUGAUUAUUAUAUGAAAAAAUUGUAUAAGUUACACUCUUGUUUCGGUUAUCAUUACUGGACUAUUAAUAAUAUAACAACUCUGUCAAUGUCGAAAUGUGGUAUCAGAUAAUGAUUCCUACACAACUCAGUGUGUACCCUGGGUACAUGCUGUUUUCCUAAUAUUUGCUAUAUUUGUAUAUAUGCAAGAUUUUGUUUACCUAACAAGUAUUCAUUUCUGUAACAGAUUUUUUCAAUUCCAAUGCAUGAUGAAAAUAUAAAUAAACCUUUGAUUUUGGCACUUGCCAUUGUA